GCCGGCGGCGGCGGCGCAGGAUCCGCCGCCUCCCCGCCCCGCCGCCGCCGCCGCCAUGGCGGUGCGGAGCCGCGGCGCUUGGCGGCGGCUCUUGCUGCUGCUGCUGCUGGCCGGCUCCGCCGCCAGCCCGGCGGAGGAAGGCGGCGGGCGGCGGGAGGCGGGCGGCGGCGAGCAGGGCGAGGAGGCGGCGCGGCCUCACCACGACUCCUCGUACGGCACCUUCGCCAGCGAGUUCUACGACCUGCGCUACCUCUCCGAGGAGGGUUACCCUUUCCCUACUGCUCCUCCUGUGGAUCCGUUUGCAAAAAUCCGAGUGGAUGACUGUGGAAAGACCAAGGGAUGCUUCAGGUACGGAAAACCUGGAUGCAACGCAGAGACUUGUGACUACUUUCUAAGUUACCGUAGAAUAGGAGCUGAUGUUGAAUUUGAGUUGAGUGCCGAUACUGAUGGCUGGGUGGCGGUGGGAUUUUCCUCAGACAAGAAAAUGGGAGGAGAUGAUGUCAUGGCUUGCGUUCAUGAUGAUAACGGAAGAGUCCGAAUACAGCACUUCUAUAAUGUCGGUCAGUGGGCUAAAGAAAUCCAGAGAAAUCCUGCUAGAGAUGAAGAAGGGGUUUUUGAAAACAAUCGCGUAACAUGUCGAUUCAAGCGUCCGGUAUAUGUUCCCCGAGAGGAAACCAUCGUAGAUCUGCACUUGAGCUGGUACUACCUGUUUGCUUGGGGUCCAGCAAUUCAGGGUUCUAUAACUCGUCAUGAUAUAGACUCACCACCCGUAUCAGAGCGUGUUGUCAGUAUUUACAAGUAUGAAGAUAUUUUCAUGCCAUCAGCUGCCUAUCAGACCUUCUCUUCUCCAUUCUGCUUGCUCCUCAUUGUUGCACUGACCUUCUAUUUAUUGAUGGGAACCCCAUGAGCGACGGAAAAUAGCAAGAAUUUGGCAGUGGAAGUUUCUCAGGAUGGACUGCUAUACGGAUGGACGAUGCAUUUUUCUAUGGGAAUUUAUAUCACACCACCAUCAUCAUCUAGCUGCUUUUGAACAUAGUUAGCUUCUCAGAAGAAUGAAAUAACCAUCUCCUUUGAGUGGCAGAGUGGUGGCAAAUCAUUUAAGAAUAAUCAGUGAACACAUAGGAGAAUAUUUUCAGUGUUGUGACUACUUGCUUAAAGAAAAGGAGACUUUUGUAAAAUCAGUAUGCGUGCAUGCGUGCGUGUGUAUGUGUGUUUGGAAGGGGUGUCUGUAUGUGUGUUUAGGUGAAUUUAGCGAUGGACAUCUUAUCAAAUAACAAAAUUGCCUUCCAAAUUGCUCCCAAAAAGCAAAUUUGGGAAAACAUUAUAAAGCUGUUUGGUAGUUCUGGUGCAGACAGCACAAGUCCAAGUGUGGUUUCUGAACUUAAGAUCAGGAUACCGACAUAGCAGUGUAAAACCUGCCCUUCAGUAAUGGACAGUUCUCCCAGAUGUUUUUAUAUUUAUCAAGGUUUACUUGCUCUGGUACUUUCCAAAACUAAACUUGCAUAAUCAAGCAUUAACAUGAUUUUUUUCAAUGGAAAAGAGGUGGUGAAUGUCUUUAUAACAAUAGUGUUUCAACAGCCUUCUUGAAAGAAAUGGCUACUUCUUUUAUGAGUGGGAUAUAAAGUUGUUUAAACAAAGGGAAGGAAGAAUACAGGAAUGUAAAUUCUCCGUACGUAGGAAAACCAGAUGUAAAACAUAGAGAAUAUAGAAGUUCCCAACAAGCCAUAAGUCGUCCUCCCAAUAGAUUAAACCAUUUUUUCUCUUUUUGUGAAAAAACAGUAAUAUUGCUGACAUGUAAAUAUGUUUUUAAGCAGUUGUGUAGUAGUAUGAAGUAAUCUGGUUUUCUGUGUUGUAUGCCUGUAUAUCCCGUUCAUGUUAAAGAUGAAUAUGGGCAGCUGGUGUUAACUUACAAAGAAAUGGAAAUAUAAUGAAGAUUAUUUGUUAGGAAAAGUAGGGAUUAAUAAGAAGAACGGUAUCUUUAGUUUCAUCAACCAUUGCUAAAAUGUAGUUACUGUGGAAAAAGAUGAGCUAAAGAGGAAAUACAUUAUGGUUUUUUUAUCACCAAUAAAUAUUACAAAGAUGAGUGAUGAGUAUUACCGAAAUUUAAAGUGUCAAGAGGUAUUUAUGAGCCACGGGAUAUUACGAAAAACUUUGAUUUCUUGUGGAGAAUUUCUGUUCUUCACGUAGUAGGAAGUGUAUGACAUGUAUACACGUAGUAGUCAAACGUGCAUAGAUAAGGUUGCUCAUUCAGUUCCCAACUUGCAUUAAAAUUCUAUUUAAAUAGAAUUAAAAUUUGAAUUGUGCCAAAGUUCUAUCUAAUGUGGCAUGCUUGAGGACUCUGUAACAUAGGAUCUGGUAAAGUAUGCGAUGAACCACAUUUCUAUUUUCCUCAUUGCCGAAUAGAGUAAAAAGAUUAACUAGCUUUGCUGGGUUUGCAUCAUUAUUCACAGACUGAAGUUUGUAGAUCAAUUUUUUUUAGGCUCAGCCUUCUCCAAAUCUAUGCUUAAAGUAUAUGAAAUAGGUUUGAGGAGGAAUUUAUCUCCAUCACAAACACUUUAUCCCCUUUUCAAAAAGAAGAUUGCGUAGUAAUAUAUACUUUCAUUGAUGUCUUUAAGAAUUUGUUCACUUAAAAUUGCUGGACUAGAGUUCAGGAAGGGGAAGAGAAAUUCAGAAUGAAGUCAACUUUAAAAGUGCAUAUAGUAGCUUGAUUUAGUGUAAAUUACUUCUCUCAGGUUGGAUAGGCUACUCAUCGUCUGAUGAAAUACAUAGUGGAGAUCACUGAAUAAGGAAGGUUGGCUUUGGUCCAUCAUAGCUGUAAAACUGAGCUUUAAAAUUGGCUGAAGCAAAGAGCUGAAGCCUUGGAUAACGAGUUUUAUAUUCAGCAACCAGGUGAAGUGAAGAAAUCAUUAGGGCAAAUUCUUUUUCCCUUGUGCUAAUUUGUAGGCAGCUGAGAGAGCUGAGAUAUUGCCGUUGCUUCUCAGAGAUCGCAGCUACUUAAAGUAGCCCCAGGGUUGCUUCAGUUUAUGGCCUUGUAUUUACUGUUUUAGUUUCAGGUACUUACCUGAUUACUCAAUAAAGGGCUAACCUAAUAAUUGAAAGGUACUAAAGUAGGGUAGAAGCCCAUUUUGGCUCCGCUUCUCUUCUUUAAUAUAGUGCUGGGUUUAGGAUAGCCUGGCUGGACAGGUGCGUUAAAGAGGAUAAUGGUAAUAAUGAGGUAAACACGCAACACCCAUAGAGCUGCUUUCCACUUACAUGGAAUCAGCCGUGUUUAAAUUUCAGGCUCUAAAGCAACAGCAAACUCAGAGCAGAGGCAGAGCUGCUCUUUGUGGUAGCCAGGGUACAUCCACUGCAAAGUAUAAACUGCCUCAGUCUUCAGCUCUUCUCAGGUAAGGUAAAAAUACAGUUUCUUGCCUCUUUCGGGUUACUUGUUAAGUAUGCUGGCUUGGUGGUUUUGUUGUCGUAUUUUUCUCUUGUUGAAGUAUUAGCAGAAAUGUGCACUUCAAAGUACUUAAUUAAAACUAAUUAAGUAUUUCUAAUCAAAUGGGAGGAAUAAAAGUCCACAUCAAGCAGCAAACCAAUCUAUUCUUUGGCAUUUCAACUGAUGUUGAGUUCAGCUCGUAGCUAGUAAACUCUUCCAAAAUUUUGCAUACUACUUCCUAGAUAGUGAAGCCAUAAUUCCUGCUCUAAACACUUUGCAGAUAGCAGAGGUAAA